AUGCUAACAAAAGCAAACAACCACAGAGACAAAGAGAAGACAGCAGAAGGAACCAGUGUCACUGCUCUGUUCUCCAGACAAAAAGGUAGUGGUGGACAGUUUUUCAUGGCGGUAACAAUUGAUUUGUUGAUACAACAAAACGUUUCUGUAGUGUUAUUUAUUUUUGUGAUUUGUACAUUUUUACCUGUCAUGCUGGUGACAAUAGUUGGAAACUUGAUUGUUAUACUCAGUGUGUACCGGAAAAGUGCUUCAACAAAAACUUCGAGCAGUAUCUUCAUAUCUUCCUUAGCACUCUUUGAUUUCUUAACUGGGUUGAUUGGAGUUCCACUCUGUAUGGUUGCUUAUAUUCUUCGUAGACAGUUCCUAUAUAAUUAUAGCUGCGGGACUUGGUAUUUUAUGCCCGCCACAAUAUCUGUCACUAUCUCAGGGCUGCAUCUAAUGGUGAUCACUAUUGAUCGAGUGCUUGCGAUUAAAUACCCUCUUCGGUAUAGAGCGUGGAUGCCCGUUGAAAGAGCAAUUCGAAUUUGCAUUUGUGUCAGUUUGCUUGGCUUUUUUCUUGGAGGAAGUUCAUUUGCAGUAGGUGCCCUAGCAAGCCUGUUUGUGCCACCGCCUAAUGUGACGUAUGAAUACGAAUGCGGGAGUUCAGCGUUUUAUGAUAUGUAUGGCUACCCUGUGUACAUUUACCUCAUCCCGAUUGCCGGUUUGACAAUUCCUAUCAUGUUCAUUCUGUACGCAUAUAUUUUCUCAAUUGCGUCAAAAAAAGCGAAAGACAUUGCCACACGCCACGGAAAGAAAUUUAACAGACGAGAAAUUAAAGUUACCAAGACAACAGCCAUAGUACUUCUGGUUUACACCCUGUGUGUUGCACCAACUGUUCUAAAAAGCAUUGUCCAUAAAGCUGUUGAUAAUGGUUCCACCUGGCUUGUGUGGUACUUGUGGUUAACAGAUUUUCUCAUCCUCGCUAACUCGAUGGUGAAUCCGUUAAUAUAUGCAGGAAGAAGUAAAGAUAUGAAAAAAGAAUUCAAAGAAACAUUUACUUCAUUAUUUGUAAGAAUUACCCGUAUCAGAAGAAACAACAAAAGAGGCAUUUGUGUUGACGGUUCGGGUUCAGUAAAAGCUAAAUCAGAUGCAAAGGCAUCCAUUAUAUCAACAGACUUAAGAGCUCGUUUCCCCUCGUCGUUUGAAAACACUGGAGAUGUUUCAGUUCAUGUAUUAUAG